AUGUCUUUAAGCAUUUACGGAAGUCGAGAGAGUGGCCAAGAUGUAAGAACGGCAAAUGUCACAGCUGUUCAAGCACUGUCUAAUAUUUUGAAAUCAAGUUUAGGACCCCAAGGGCUAGAUAAGAUGUUAGUAGAUAACAUAGGAGAUGUUACUAUUACAAAUGAUGGAGCAACAAUUUUAAAACAACUGGAAGUACAACAUCCUGCUGCUAAAAUUUUAGUAAAUUUAUCGGAAUUACAAGAUCAAGAAGUUGGAGAUGGAACAACAUCAGUAGUAUUGCUAGCAUCUGAACUAUUAAGGAGGGGAAAUGAAUUAAUUAAAAUGGACAUACAUCCAACAACUGUUAUAUGUGGUUAUAAAUUAGCAAUGAAAGAAUCAGUUAAAUAUAUAAAGGAAAAAUUAAGUGAAAGAGUAACUAAUUUAGGUAAGGAUGUAAUCAUUAAUAUAGCAAAAACCACGUUGUCUUCAAAAUUUAUUAGUUAUGAAUCUGAAUAUUUUGCUAAAAUGGUAGCUAAUGCUAUACAAUCUGUAAAAAUUAUUAACGAGUCAGGUAAAACAAAAUAUCCUGUUUCUUCAGUUAAUGUAAUAAAAGUACACGGUUUAAGUUCUUUAGAUUCAAAAUUAAUUGAAGGAUAUGCAAUUAUGAAUGGUAGAGCAUCCCAGUCAAUGCCAUCAGCUAUUAAAAAUGCAAAAAUUGCAUUUUUAGAUUUCCCUUUAAAACAAUAUAGAUUACAUCUAGGUGUUCAGGUAAAUAUAAAUGAUCCCACCGAAUUAGAAAAGAUAAGACAAAGGGAAAAGGAUAUAACAAAAGAAAGAGUAAACAAAAUUUUAGAGUCAGGAGCAAAUGUCGUAUUAACAACUCAAGGUAUAGAUGAUAUGCCUCUAAAAUAUUUUGUAGAAUCAGGUGCAAUAGCAGUUAGAAGAGUAAACAAAGAUGAUUUAAGAAGAAUAGCAAAAUUAACGAAUGGUCAAAUACGUUUAACUCUAUCAUCUAUAGAUGGAACAGAAAUAUUUGAACCAUCAUCUUUAGGGUAUUGUGAUGAAGUAUAUGAAGAGAGGGUAGGCGACUGGGAUGUAAUGUUUUUUAAAGGAUGUAAAACAUCGAAAUCAAAUACUAUAUUGUUAAGAGGAGCAAACGAUUUUGUUUUAGACGAAAUGCAAAGAUCUAUACAUGAUGCAUUAUGUUCAGUCAGUAGAGCAUUAGAAAGUAAUUAUGUAGUAGUAGGUGGAGGUUGUGUUGAAGUAGCUUUAUCUGUAUAUCUUGAAGAUUUUGCAAAAACAUUAGGUUCAAGAGAACAGCUAGCUAUAGCAGAAUUUGCAGAAUCCUUAUUAGUAAUACCAAAAAUAUUAGCUCUAAAUGCAUCAUAUGAUUCAAUAGACUUAGUUUGUAAAUUACGUGCAUAUCAUACGAAAUCUCAAGUUAUGAAUGCAGAAGAUCCAAAGGAUUAUAGAUGGUAUGGCUUAGAUUUAGUUAAUGGGAAAGUUACAAAUAAUUUAAAAAAUGGAGUGUUGGAGGCAAUGAUCAGUAAAAUAAAAUCAAUCCGCUUUGCCACAGAAGCAACCGUUACUAUCUUAAGAAUUGAUGAUCUCAUUAAAUUGUCGCCUGAGGAGCGUAGGGAAGAGCAGCCAUGA